AUGAUCAUCUACGGAAUGUGUUCCGCGGAGAUCCAACAACAACAACGACAACAGCAACAACAACAACAACAACAACAACAACAACAACAACAACAACAACAACAACAACAACAACAACAACAACAACAACAACAACAACAACAACAACAAUAA